AUGUUCCUCUCCCUCUCCUCCCCGCUCCCCUCCUCCACCACCUCCAUUUCUCUCCCUAAACCCCACCUCCACCCGCCACCACUCCGGCACCACCUCCCACCCUUUCUCCACCACACAAAUCUCACCACUUUUGCCAUCGGACGCGAUGGCCAACACUAUUCACAUCCAGCAGACGGCGACCCACCGGAAGCACCCGAAGACAGCAUGCACGGUGUAUCUAGAUUCCAACAACUCGACCUCAGAAUUGCUCGUGCUCGUAAAGCUCAAGAAGAAGAGUAUACAAAAGACCAACCUAUUUUUCUGAAAGCAAUUCAAGAUGUUGAAGAUGCACCUGAUAAUCCUGUUUCGCAGGGCGAUAAUGAGUCGGAUUCCGGGGGAGAUUUGUAUUCUCAGAUUGAUCAUUCGAUUGCUUUGAAGAGGAAGGAAUUUGUUAAGAAAGGACUGUUGAAGCCAAAUCCAAAGAAAAAUGAGUCGAAGGAGGAGGAGAUUGAAGAAGUUGUAGAUGAAUUACAGUCUCAAGAAGAAGAUGAUUUGGAGGAAAUCGAAGAACUCGAAGAAUUGAAAGUAACCGGCGACGAUUCGGAGGUGGAGAAUUCAGAUGUUGAGAUCGAUGAUGAUUUGGGUAUCGGGGAAUCGCCAUAUUCAUCUGCAAUGGAUGGUAAAUUCGAUACUUUUCGUAGAGGACAAGUUCGAAUAGUAGAACCCAAGUGUAGAAUGACAUUAGCAGAGCUUUUAGACGAAAGUAAGGUUGUACCGAUCUCUGUUUUGGGAAAUUUAGAGAUCGAAAUCACUGGAAUUCAGCACGAUUCACGGUUAGUCGAGCCUGGCGACUUGUUUGUAUGUUGUGUCGGGAAGAAAACCGAUGGGCACUUGUUUUUAACAGAGGCCGAUAAAAGAGGGGCGGUUGCGGUUGUAGCCAGUAAAGAAAUCGAUAUCGAGGAAACGCUAGGGUGUAAAGCGUUGGUUUUAGUAGAAGAUACGAGUUCGGUUGUAGCUACGUUAGCGGCUUCGUUUUAUAGGCAUCCGUCGAAGAGCAUCGCGGUGAUUGGGAUCACGGGGACAAACGGAAAGACGAGCACGGCAUAUUUGAUAAAAGGGAUGUAUGAGGUUAUGGGAUUGAGAACCGGGAUGAUAACGAAUGUGGCUCAUUAUAUUCACGGGGAUAGCCUAUUGGAGACGAAAAAUACAGUCCCGGAUGCCGUUUUCCGUCAAAGAUUGAUGGCGAAGAUGGUUCAUAACGGGACGGAAUCGCUCGUUAUGGAGGCUUCAUCUCACGAACUUGCUUCGGGAAAAUGUGAUGAGGUUGAUUUCGAUAUUGCGGUUUUCACAAACCUAAGUAAAGACCAUUUGGAUGUCAACGGGAGUGUGGAAGAGUAUCGGAAUGCGAAACUUAAGUUGUUUGCGAGAAUGGUGGACCCCACACGGCAUCGGAAAGUUGUGAACAUCGAUGACGAAAACGCCCAUCUCUUUAUCGCACAAGGAAAUCAAGACGUGCCUGUUGUGACAUUCGCGAUGGAGGACAAGAGAGCCGAUGUACACCCAUUACAGUUUGAUCUUUCACUCUUUGAGACGCAAGUUUUGGUGGAUACGCCCCAGGGUAUUUUGGAGAUUUCAUCCGGAUUACUUGGGAGGCAAAAUAUUUACAACAUUCUUGCAGCUGUGGCUGUCGGGAUUGCGGUAGGGGCACCAUUGGAAGAUAUCGUUAGGGGGAUCGAAGAGGUUGAUGUAGUGCCGGGUAGAUGCGAGUUGAUCGAUGAGGAACAAACGUAUGGAGUGGUUGUCGAUUAUGCAAAUACCCCCGAUGAUUUAUCAAGACUUCUUGAUAACGUUAGGGAACUCAAUCCGAAGCGGAUCAUCACAGUUAUCGGUUGUCCUGGUGAGACCGAAAGAGGAAAAAGACCGGUUAUGACAAAGAUUGCAACCGACAAGAGUGACAUCACUAUGCUGACAUCGGAAAAUCCAAGGAACGAGGAUCCACUUGACAUCUUGGACGACAUGUUAGCCGGCAUAGGAUGGACCAUGCAGGAUUACUUGAAGCAUCAAGAAAAUGACUACCACCCUCCACUUCCAAAUGGUCAUAGAGUUUUCCUUCACGAUAUUAGAAGGGUGGCCGUUCGUUCUGCUGUUGCCAUGGGCGAGGAGGGUGAUGUGGUUGUGGUUACUGGAAAAGGUCACGAGACAUUUGACACAGUGGGCGAAACAACCGAGUUUUUUGAUGAUAGGGAAGAAUGUCGAGAAGCCUUGCAGUAUGUCGAUGAACUACAUCAAUCGGGAAUCGACACCAGUGAAUUUCCGUGGCGGUUGCCCGAGAGUUACUGAACUCGUUACAAAACCAAGUAUAUCGAGGCUUUCUAAUACGAUGAGUUAGAGGGUUCGCCAUUUUGUUUGUUAUGAUGGAUCAAACCGACUUUUGAAGGCAAAUGAGUCCCUCCCCGACAUUGGCUUGAACACCUGACCUCCUGAGAGACUGGGCCCUACAGGUGAGUUGCUGCUCUAUGCUGUUAUGUGAUCGAUCAAAGGUACAGUUUCGGUAGGAACAAGACUGGAUUUGAAUUUUGUUCGGUUAGAGAUAAAUGUACGAUAGUACCCUUUGUGUAUUUUAGAGGUCACUGGUUCGAAUCUCCUUUUCCGGGAAAAUUCGUUCUCGAGAUUAGAUUUAGAUGGAGAUGUGAACGUCAAGAUUUUCGGGGUAGUUUGUCUAGAUUUCAAUGUGAGAUUCUGUUUGUAUUUGAAUCCAUCAUGUUGUCAUGGAAAUUGUAAUAAUUCUUUCCUCGUCAUAUAUUCAUCGUUGCAUGUCUUCGAUAUGUAAAUCUUUCGUAGC